AGACAGAUCAUCAAGAGCGGGGUAACUCGUCGAUUGAUAUAUGACUGGAGCUGUCCUCAAAAUAUUGCGGAAGGGUCUCGGAUAGCGCUGAAGAGUAUUAUCUUCAAACCGUGUGUGAUAGGUAAUCUCGUGCAAAAGGUUUGGAGUUGAACAAAAGCAUCACCAUCAUGGGCUGGGAAGAGAUCGCUGCCGAUAAGAAGAAACGCAUCGACGAGUCCAUUCCUAAAGAAUGGCGCGUGGAGGUCAAGGAUCAUAAUGGCUCUUUUAUGGACCUGCCGGCCAGCAGCGGCCUGCUAACGUCAAAUGAGCUCGAAAUCACCAAUUCGUCUGCCGUCGAUCUGGUUGCAAAACUGGCGAGCGGACAGUUGAAGUCAGUCGAUGUGACGUUGGCGUUCUGCAAACGUGCCGCUUUGGCACACCAAGCGCUGAAUCUCGCGCUGGAGUUCUUCCCAGACAUGGCGCUGGCCCAAGCCAAGGAGCUGGACAAGUAUUAUGAAGAACACAAGAAACCUGUUGGACCACUACAUGGUCUGCCAAUCUCGUUGAAGGACCAGCUCAGAGUCAAAGGGCUCGAGACUUCGAUGGGUUAUGUCGCUUGGCUCGGAAAGUACGACGAAGAGGACUCGGUGCUGACAGCCUUGCUUCGUAAAGCCGGCGCCGUCUUUUAUAUCAAGACGAGCGUGCCGCAAAGUCUGAUGGUUUGUGAAACAGUGAACAACAUCAUUGGGCGGACUCUCAAUCCUCGAAACAAGAACUGGUCGUGUGGUGGCAGUUCCGGAGGUGAAGGCGCCAAUAUUGGAUUCCGAGGCGGCAUCAUCGGAGUGGGCACAGACAUUGGUGGUUCCAUUCGAGUUCCGUCGGCAUUCAACUUUCUCUACGGUAUCCGUCCUAGUCAUGGACGCAUGCCGUACGCAAAAAUGGCCAAUAGCAUGGAAGGACAGGAGACUGUUCACAGCGUCGUUGGACCUUUGGCUCAUUCGGUCCCAGACUUGAAAUUGUUCUUGACCUCUGUGCUUCAGGAAGAGCCUUGGAAGUACGAUUCAAAGGUUAUUCCCAUGCCAUGGAGGCAGGGGGAAGAAGAUGCUAUCAGCUCCAAAAUUCAAAGUGGAGGCUUGACCUUGGGCUUCUACAAUUGUGACGGAAACGUUCUCCCACAUCCACCGAUACUUCGGGGAGUGGACAUGGUCGUCUCCGCGCUGAAAGACAAAGGCCACACCGUCGUGCCAUGGAAGCCCUACAAACACGAUUAUGGGGUAGACUUGAUCAACAAGAUCUACGCGGCAGAUGGUGGUUCUGACAUCUUCUCAGACCUCAAGGAAUCGGGAGAACCAGCCAUUCCCAAUUUCAAGGACUUGAUCAGUCCAUCGCUGCCGAAGAUGGACAUGAAUGAGAUCUGGGACGUGCAGCGCCAGAAGUGGGCAUAUCAAGGCGAGUAUCUCGAGCAAUGGCGAGCACGAGAGGCCGAGCUCGGCAAAGAGAUUGACGCCUUUAUUGCCCCGAUCACUCCAACAGCAGCCAUUCGCCACAAUCAGUUCAAAUAUUAUGGCUAUGCUAGCGCCAUAAACCUACUGGACUGGACUAGUGUGGUCGUGCCAGUGACCUUUGCGGACAAGGACAAGGACAAGAAGCAGACAGACUUCAAGCCAUUGUCAGAGAUCGACGGAAUUGUGCAGGCAGAAUAUGAUCCAGAGGCUUACCAUGGAGCUCCGGUCGCCGUGCAGAUUGUAGGGAGAAGGCUUAGCGAGGAGAGAACCUUGGCCAUUGCACAGGAGAUUGGGAAGUUGUUGGGUAACGAGACCACUCCUUAGGACACACAAGGUAUGGAUGUUGAUAUAUGAGAGCGUGAGAGUCAAAGCCGGAGCCUACUCUCUGGGUCACUGUCACAGUUAUAUCUUUGAUCCGGCUAAGUUGCUUCAACGACGUAGGCUAGUGAGGCCAGUUAGGUAGUUAGUGAGCCAAGGCCGGGCCCAGUUGUAUCCGAGUCGCCAAUCGCGAAAGGAUUGAUGGGGACCAAAGCCGGCCUCUUGCGAGCCAGAGUCUCCGGAUCAAGAAGU